CUAAUACAACCGAUUCACUCACGAGAAGCAAACAUACCGUGACGUCAAAUCAGCUGAAAAUAGUUUUGGUAGGACAAGGAGGUGUUGGUAAAUCUAGUAUCACAUUACAAUAUGUAAAAGGACAAUACAAUGAAUACAUUGAUAUGACCAUUGGAGCGGCCUAUUUCUACAAAACAUUAUCGGUUAACGGUAAGGAUAUCAAGCUAGACAUAUGGGAUACAGCAGGCCAGGACAGAUUCCGGUGUGUAGCAGCAAUGUUCUACCGAGGCGCAGCAGGAGCAAUAGUAGUGUAUGACAUCACAGAUAAGGAAUCUUUCCUUGGGGCCCAAAGUUGGAUAAAACAACUUUUACAGAAUUCCAACAAUCCAGUUCAUAUUUGCCUCGUUGGUAAUAAGUUAGAUCUUGCAGACUCAAGAAGAUCAGUUUCUAAAGAGGAGGGUAAGUCCUUUGCUGAGAAGAAUGGAUACUUGUUUGUUGAGACGUCAGCAAAAACUGCAGAAAACAUUGAUGGCUUAUUCAACCAAUUAGUGAGAAAGAUAGUUAAUGCAGAUGGAGAAGUGCCAGCUUCGUAUGACAACGACAACAAUAUCAAUUUAACAUAAUUUUAUGUCUCUACGUGGAUGAUGUCAUAAACAAAAGAAAUAUGAAAAAAGGGAGACUACUUCUCGAAAACAAACUUGUAACGGCCAUGAUGUUCGAUAUUGUUACAAUUUGUUUUGGAAACAACUGGAAAUGGAG